AUGCCCGAGAAAUCGAAGAUCUCAAAGAUUCAGAUAGGUAACCAAGGAUACGUCGACUUGAUUCUCAUUCGUCCACAAUUUACAAUGGAUAUUGAAGAACCGAAGGUUGACGGGGAUUGUAAACUUGACGACGUCUUUAUGAAAGAAUCGACUUGUGCCACCGGAAAAAACGAAAGUGGUCCAGGGACUCAUAGCACUUGUUGGAGUGUGUUCACUCGUAUUUCUGACAUAAGCCAGCAGCCACUCCCGGAUACUACAACUAGUUGUCACGAGAUGACGAUCCUGUCAAAACGGAAAAUUGCGCUGAUAGCAUUGAAGUCAGUUGCCCAAAUGCAAAACCGGCACAAAGUUCCCCCAGCGACCGACAUUUACUGCAUAUACAAAGUUCAUCAAAUCAUCUAA